UCUGGUAAUUUGGCAGCUACUACCCUGAGUUCGCGACCUCUCCGACAACCCGCGAUCCAUUCAACUCGACAAAUCACUCACGACAACUCCACACACCCCACGAGUCAAUAGUCACACAUCAGUCGCUAUGGAGAACGUCAAGGAGUUCGCUGAUAUGCCCGCUGAGUUCCUCAAGGAGGGUACUCUGUUCAUGAACCGCUGCACCAAGCCCGACAAGAAGGAGUUCAUCAGGAUAUCGCAAGCAGUAGGAAUCGGUUUCCUCAUUAUGGGCGUCAUCGGCUACGUUGUCAAGCUGGUGCACAUCCCCGUAAACAACAUCCUCGUCGGCGGCUCAUAGACGCUACUACGCCACAACACAUCGAUUCUCUUCCCUUUGCAUCUUCGACCACGACACCGGUCCGUUCAUCAUAUCAUCUUGUAUUAGGGGCAUUGGGAGUGGAAAGACCCGCCUUUACCUUGUGGGCUCCAUAGAGGACAUAUGGCAUACUCAAAAUGGCUGUACAGUACGGAGGUUGGGUCAGCGGGAGUUUGAUUAUAUCCAAAUUUAGGCAUGCGCAACAUUCA